AUGCCUGUGCCAGUUCGCCUUCUUACUACCAAAUUUUUCUAUGCCACCGGUAACACUCCUGCGGUGUGCCUUACGCACUCUCUCCCGCCAGAUCAGGAUGUGUCUCUACUACCCUUGGAUGCGGUGAUGCUCGCAAUGUGCUUUUCACAGCAUACGCUGACCUGGGUUCAGGUAGAUGUUACCUGUUGUGACUUGGAAGCAGAGAUUAUCGCUCGAAAUGUGUUACUCUACACUCUCAUUAUCGACAGUACGAACGACACGAAUAUUGAGGAUAUAUGGAAUAUCUACAAUAAUGUUUUGGUCAAUGACACAGCCCUGGCUCUGCUACGCAGCCAGGCAAAGAAACUUGUUGAAAAUAGCAAGAGUCUUUCUGACUGGAACAGGGGGAAAUAUGGCAAAACUCUCCGAUUCUGCACCCAGGCUACAUAUUCUUGUGUUGUGCAUAUGUGGAAAUUCUAUGCACUAGACCCCUCGGAUGGGCUCGUUUUCGAAGAUCAGCAGAAAAAGCUCGAACUGAGUAUACAGAAGGCCAGAGACCUAAAGAAACAAAUCGUUGGAACUACACGAGUUGCAACCGGGAUUCGCUCCGCUGCACCUUGCGACUUUACUAAAAUCGAUGAAAGUCAUGAUUUCUAUGACCAGUUUUGGAGGGAGGGGGCUAUUACGCCAGGCAUGAGCUCUUUUCUCAAAGCAACUCACAUGAAUCCAAUGAUUUGGACACGGAGCCAAAGGCUAGUACUUCACUAUGGCACUCAACCGUUAUUAGGAUUUCACCUAGCUACCGCAUACUCCCCCCUUGCAAAGGAAUCCCCUUUGAACUAUACCUCCGAUGGCCUGGGUGACACACCCGCUGCUGUCAGAGCAGCAUUCACUCAAUUCCGUACCUAUGUAAAAGCAUUUCAUGCUCUAUCUUCAAAGUGGAUUCUUCGUUUUGUAUGUGCUGACGCCCUGGUAUUUUGCCAUACACUUCAAGCCCAAAGGUAUGGUACGGCUACCCGUCAGGAAUAUAGUGACAACUGGCAUUUUGAACCUUUUAUCCUUGACCCACAUGAAUACUCUGGACAGGGAACUGGAGCUCCAGCCUUAUUUGAUGCCAUUGAUACCUCGAAUUUGGCGGACCAUCUUGGAGCAUUGAACAUUCUAGCUGCAACCGGCCCCUUGUUGAAGGCAAAGCCCACGUCAACUAUUUCUACAGAGCUAUUAGUUUCACGGGGAAGAGACACAGAUUAUAUCAAAUCGCUUCUGCUCGGGGAUAUGGUGACUAUUGGCUCCUUGUUCAAACUCACCCCAAAUCAAUAUUGGAGCGGCACGAGUGUGUCGUCUAACUUCAUGGAGAGAAUGUUUGGAGCAAUUAAUGAGGAUACCUGCCAGGAACGUUAUGUUGUGCGAUGGACCCGACUGGUUGCGGAACCCAUCACCUAUGACCCGAAACAACUCUCCCGGCUGAUGUACUCAAUGUACCUUUCUAUGUUUGAGGACGAAAACCCAGCCAAUCUUCUGAGAUUAAAGCAGGAUAGGGUAGUUUUCGAUGAGUACAAAGCCUACACGAGGGCAAGCCUUUGUUGCAUCUUGCAGGCUAUACAGAGGUCAAAUGUUGUGAAUUGGCAGGCUUUCAUCGACCAAUUAUUCGGGCUAAUAAAUCAAGAUUCCAACCUGCUUAUGGGCGCUCAUUAUCUCCAAGAGCUUUAUGUACACAUCCAUAUUUCAGGCCUGCAUACGUCUCUAAGUCUCAACCCUGGUCAGGAUAGCAUAAUGGCUCGGUUACCACAAAGCGCCUUUAGAAAUUGGACUAACAUUCCCCCGACAUUAUCAGUCACAUUGGCCAUCCCCCAUGAGAAGCUCUCAUUAUUUAUGGAGAAGCCAGUGAACAAAUAUGGAACCCCAAUAUGCCAGCUUAUGUUUGACUCACAAGCCGGGCAAAGUAUUUUUGCGGAUAUGCAACUGGGCUUUGGGGAAGUACAGGCAUCAGGCACGAAAUACACAGAAGAAUAUAUAAUUGAAAUUAGCAAAGAUGAAAGGGGAUGGGACGGGACCGCACCCCUCUUCGCUUCCGUGAUGGUUCCUACGGCUUUAGUUCUCCUCAACCCGGACCUCUCGACUAAUAUUUUCUUUGGGUUAAAAACGAGUCCCGUCACUGUCCAGUUGGUGGGGAAACUUGGGAUGAACCUGGCCAUCCACGAGUCUACAUUAGCCAAUAAUGACGUUUAUAUUACUCGUUGUCGUCCAAAUAUGAGGCACCAAGUGACCGAGAAUUCUGAGAUAACCCCAUUGACGAGCAGUGUGGUUUCUUCAGAUUCACCUAAACAUAUGGAAGGAGUAGAGCUAACAUUCCAUUUGGAGCUCGGCUCUGACUGCUCAAAAGCCGUGCUUCUCACAACGCGCCUUGAUGUCACAUCACCUAAAUAUCAAGACAUACUACGACAAGGCGCUGCAGUCCUCGUGGAGCAGAUUUCCCCAUACAAAAUUAACGUCAAGUUAGGAGGAAAACCAUUCCACUCCAAUAUCCGCCUUCCAUUCCCCAUAUUGUCGGUAAAUACGAAAACUAGGAUUGCCCGGAAGUCCUCUUAUCUUGAGUUUAUUGCGCCAAUAGCUUCGACUGGAGAUCUUACCCAAUGCCUCGACAAUGUUUUCCCUAUCGAUCUCUAUGAAAAUGGCCCGAUAUUGAGAAACCUCGAUUAUACUGCACUCGACAAGCUGCCUAUCCUCGAUGUUCGGGACUCAUCAAAGCUAGAUUGGGUCAAAUUACUCUCAAGUGAUAUGUUCAAUGAUAAAGAAGGGAAGGAAAAGAAUAAACACCAGAACUGCGACUUUAAUUCUUCCCCGGAUGUGCGAGUGACAUUCAAAAAUACACUCUUUUCAUUGUUUGGAUAUCUCAGUGGCGUUGGAGCAAAGGCCCAAAUUACCGCUUUCGGCCUCGACAGUGAAACCAGUGGCGGAGUGAACAUUAUUGUUCUCAUGUCUUCUUUAAGACUGGAGUCCGCCAACCAAAGCAUGGUCAUUGACGCAGCGGUGAUCCCUCUUACCAUAGAUCUUGUUAUGGAGAUGUAUUCAAGCCUCCAGGGCCUAACUAACCGGGGUAUGAAGACACUCAAGAUCAGCGAUAAUGAGCUCCGCCUUUGGAAACAUGUAUUGCCUGCUUUUGUUGACCGGUGCCGGACCUGGAAGCAUCUGCCGUCUUGUGAGUAUAUGUCUACCGGGAAAAUACCCCUUUCCACGGAUUGGGCACAGCCGAUACUUUGUUCAUGUGGUGAAGGUAAGUUUCCCAACGGCUAUGAAAUCCAGGGAUUCCCGGAGUGGAAACAUAUCAAGAAAUACGCCACCCGCGUCGCAAUAUCUCCUUGCUACUGGGUCCCGUUCCUGGAUAAGGGAUUCAAUUUUGGUACAGAGGAUGAGGAAGACAAGGAAGACAACCAGGACAGCAAGAAGCAUAACAAGGAAGGGGUUUCCCAGAUAUUAGAGUCGCAAUUAAAGUCGAUGGAUUUGAAGAAGGGAUCGUGUUCAAAUUGUGGAGGGAAGAAACCUGGAAGUGGAACGAAGUUGCUGAGGUGCAGUGGUUGCAAGGUAGCAGAGUAUUGCUCAAAGGAUUGCCAACGGGAGGACUGGAGGGCGAGGCACAAAUUAGCUUGUAAAAUGAUGGCACGGAUGAAAUGAGCGUGGUUAGCUGAAUGUUUAACAGCUCUCCUGUGUUUAAGACCUACCAUCUGCUCGAUAGUGUCACGCAGUCCAGUGGCUGUCUUAGGCGCCUCUUAUAUUGCUUGAUGGUUUGCUCACAUGAACUCUUCCCAUCACGGCUGAAUGAUAGCAUCAACUGUUCUGUAAGUGCGCAAUUGCAAUUGCCGAAGCUACCCCAUACUGUUUCUCAUAAACAAGCCUCUGAGAAUGAAGACAACAUCGUCACACAGAUCUCCAACUAGAUUGAUGAUAUUCCAUCUUCGUAACUAUAAACAGGGUAAACACAUCGGCGCUAACGAGAACUAGCCUCCGGUACGUGUAUCCGAUAUCCGGCUUAUGAAUAUCAUCUCAAGUGUUUCGGUCUAAUGAAGGUCAAACGUACCAAGCCCCAUUUAGACUCCACUUCCAAUCUUCGGAUGCUUUGACAGUCGCUGCCAAAAACCACCCCACUGCACGAUAACAAUACGUUGUUUAUAGGCCGGGUUAAUUGAUUAGGAAGGUUAGUGCGGUAUGCAUUAAAUAGUUUGUCACAUAUUAUUCAAUUGAGAGAAAGGUGUGUUGGAGGGAGCGCGCCGUACCCCACGGCUCUAGUUAUGUGCUCCGUGAAUGCAACGGCGACAUGGCUCAUGCGCGCUAGAUAACGGGAGGGCAAAUCA